AUGGCCGUGGUAAGGGCCUUGACGGGUAAGAUAGUUAAUCCUUAUUUCGAUCGGCAGUCAGUUUAUUUAAGCGAUUUGUGCUUUUUAUUCUGUUUUACAUCAAAGUGUCAACCUUGAGCUCCUCAGUGGUUCGUAGUCAUGUGUUCUUAUCUUCCGCAUAUGUUCUAUUAAGAUUAGUAGCGACGUGUAUGUAUACAAGGAGCCAUUGAAGAUUUACCAUUUUUGCGCGGUCCGCGCAAAUGUCCAUCGUAAACUCCAAGCCCUAGUAUUCUUUUUUCGUUCGCACCCAGCAGAAUCAGUUCUAUCCUUUAGCACACAUCACGUUAACACGCUGUUUUUGGUCCUGGCCUCCUGCCUGUAAUUUCUGAAGCUUUACCCUCCAGUGUCCCUUUUCGGGAGCUCUUUCGGACCUGGGACGCAGUAUAUCCAACGGCAUAAUAUAGUUGUCUUCUCGCCUUUACCAUUGCAUUAUAAUUUGGAAACUACCGUAUAAUAAGUAAUUAACAGCGGUUGAAGACCAUCAGGCUCCCAGUUGCAAUACGCCUGUGUCCACUCGGACCCUUCCAUUUUCGAUCUGCCUGCCAACAUUGUCAUUGUCUUCCUGCCAUUAUUUGCUCGCAGCUUCAUCCUGGCCAUGUUUCCAGACAAUAAAUACAAUGAUGUUUCCCAAAAAUGCUGUUCAUUCUCUUAGGUUAUCAUGGACAUGGCCCCAAUAAUAUUGCAGUUAGUACCACACGUGGCGAUCAGACCUUGCAGACCGACAGUCUAACUGUUCCCAUCUCUAGCAAUGAAAACCGGACAUUAGCGGUCCGGUGACCACCUCCAUCCCUGGACAGACUGUCUCCAGCUAGGUUCUAGUUUGGACAGCUUGUUUUCGUCUCCUCCGAAAAGGUAGUCGUCAGAUUUAGGGAAACAGCACAGAGCUUAAGGGACUGGUGACGAUAAACGUACAAAGUCACUUCGGCUGUCUUUUCUUGAUCUGAGAUGUCCGUUCUAUCUUUCCGCAUCGAAUGCGGCCUAAAUUGAGAUUUAACUGGUGCAUUUCACUCAAAUAAUUGUCCUGUGGCAAUGAUAGUCGAAUGUCUUCAUUUUUAUCUGUCUCAUGCACACAGUUCGACCGUCGCGAACGGCGGCUUCCACCACUGUCCUGCGAGGUGACCCUUCGGUGACUUUGGGGGAACUUGGCCGUGAUGAAGCAGACUUCCUCUGCAUCUACCCAACCCUUUCCUCCCACACUUGCCAUGCUCAAAUGGCAAGUGUGGGCGCUAUAGCUGGAGAAAUUGAGCAGCUCACCUACGCGUGCUACAUACGACCUGGCCUAACUUUGCGUGUACCAAACUGUCUUUACACAGGGUUCCGGAUUAAACGUACAUGAAAACACCAGAAAGGCCCAUUGGGAAGGAACUAUUGCAGUUCGAUUCCCAGUCCUGAGAAGGACCGAGUUACCGUGUCAGUUGGUAACCCUCUGGGCCAUGACUGAUUGUGCCUUGUGACGCAUUCAAGCGCCUCAAUGUUGUAGUGAGGAAUGCGCUAAUUUGCCACGGAACUGGGUUUCCCACUGUCGAUCUCCCUCGCUCUUUAAGUUUCCAUUCAUUAGUGGCCUGUCUGAAUCAGGCCAAAUGAUGGCGAGAUUAAGCACAGUGGUUGAACAAUCUAAAUCGCCAGUCUACGAGUGUUACGCACGACCUGCUUCCUUCGACACAUGUACCAAGCCACACCAAAGGACACACAUUUCACGCAUGCGAAACGAUAACAUUCUCACAUGCGAAGUCUCACCCAUAAUAACGACGUCGGCAGAUUUCAUGGCGUUCGUUUUGUAUGAACGCUGUUUGAUGUGCCCCUAGAAGGUAUCGUGCAUAAAGGGCAGUUCGUUUGUGCAGAUAGACCGAAGUUUUACGAUGGUCCCUAGGCCGUGUUAUUUUACUGCAAUUUUUUUUGCAUGUGCAUAUGGCCGAAUAGACCCAUGCGAUGGCUUACUGCACGAGGAGUGUGUACACAGGUGGGACGGAAGUGCGGCGUGAGUGUCGGCGUUCCUGACGCUGGUUUGUGGGUCUCAGUGCGAUGGAUUUGCAAGUGACCGGCUAGGCCGAUGCGUGAUUGGGGAGCGCGGUCGUAAUGGGACCGGUUGAAUUCAGUCCAUAUCGGUGGUGAAGGGGGCGAUGGUGGUGAUUGGAGACAGUAUGAAGGAUCGUUCUCAUCAAUGAUUAUGGUAGUGAUGUUUUGUGAAAUGGGUGACAGGAUGAUGGUAUUGAGUGUUGUUGAUGUUUGAGGUCUACUCCGUGGAAGUAGUCAUAUAGGCCCAAUAUUUCUUGUGGCCUCUAGCAACCUUCGUCGUCAUCUUUUGGAAUCCAUGGAUUGGCAUUCAAUCCUGAGAUCAAGCUCGAGUGGUGUGAGCAGACAACUGUAGGCCUCUUGGGCUGAUACAGUCACUCCGGCGCCAGUGAAUGAAUCCGGAGAUUGUCCAGUUUGGCACUUAGACAGGGCACUUCAACAGCGGGAAUUUGCCACUGCCUCCUUCUUCGACCCAGACUUUAGAACGAAAUUGCAUUUCUACAUUCAUUGCCUCAGCUGUGUUCGACAAACUGUAUAACGUCAAGGCUCAUUGCGAGAGGCCUGUUGGGCGUAAAUAGGGGAGUACACGUUUUGACCCAUUGACUGUGCCAGCUCCGGCAGCAUACAUCGAUCUGCUAUAACGCAUGUAAAUAGGAAACAUUCUGUUUACUGGAGUGAAGGCGUUCUGAUUAACCACCUACUCAUAGUUGAAACAGCAAACCGACAAAUGUUUGCGGUGAAGCUGGAAGAACGUAUUAAAAACGAACAACCGUCUCUGAUAAACGAGGCUCAUUAAACUUUUGACAUUGUCGCAGCGAAAACCAUGCCCAAAGCGCUGACUAAGGGGCUUGUUUGAAGGGUCAUCUGGUUUAGUCCGGCCACUCUUGUUGCGACAACGAUCGACCACGAUCAGGUAGUCUUUCGUCCAGUUAUUGCAGCUAAGGGGAGGUUUGUCUGUCGUGCUGGAUGGGAGUUGACGUCGGCGAAUAGGCGGUUGGGACAUGCCAUUGGGACACCCUUUAUAGUGUACGUAAGUCAGCCAGUAAUCGACUAGUUCCCCCUGCAAGUACCAUUCUGUCCGCUUGUUUCGAACGGGCGAACGCAACACCGUCGAUAUGAAGGGCAGAAGAUGAGUCCUCCCCCAGGUCUCCUGGGAGUCUGAAUCGGGAAUUUGGAAUUCUGACCGUUCCGUUCGCGAUUUAGCUCUACAGAUUAUAUACCAUUCGCCAGCGCCAUUUGACCCGAGCUGUGGAGCCGACUUGUUCAAUUGGACACCGUAACGCAUGUCGUAUCAGCGUUUUCGAAUAUUUCAUGCUAAGACCAUUUGAAACAUUCGUUUCUAAUCGUAGCAAGUGAAUUUCAUUAUAAUUUUUUACUUUUUUUCACGAGAAAAGAGACACCCCCAUAAUCUCGACCCAACUAAAUGCACUUAUUCAGUGAUGAUUUCGCCCGUCAGAACACCUCCGUAGACUGAAUUCCUGCUGUACCUUUCUGUACUCAGUCAGGUGAAUUUUUAAGCUUGCCCUCCGCUGUGAGGCUUUUCAUGAACUUCGGGUGCAAAUGGGUCCCCAACAGAUGCCACUUUCGUUCAUCAUAAACUAACCGAAGUCAGCGGUCGCAAGGGCAGUUACUCAGCAGCGACUCGCGGUCGUCAUACCGUAGUACCGUUAUUGGGCUUUGAAGGUAUUGAUAAGACGGUUGGUGUGCCAGACCUCAUCUUGCCGCCCCGUGCUAACGCUGUAACUGCUGGCAUAUGAUGGCUUAUAGUCGCCAGUCGCACCUCUAUCUAUUUCGCAGUUCCAUUAUCCGUGGACGUGCUGGGCUAAUAACAACCAAGCUAAUGGGCAGAUUCGUUUUCCUUUCAUUUAUUCCACUGUUUACGUUGAAAAAUGAAGUUUGUAUGUGAUACUUUGCCCCUCUUUUCUUUUUGGGCGCGCCUCCUACGUCUGCAGUCCAGAAUCCACUAGCUCUCAAACUGACGACUUCUUCGAUGACCUGAAAAUACGAAUUUUACUUUUUGUUGAGCGAGAUAAAACAGUAGAAUGAAAAGUGUCUCAAAACAAUUUCGUAAAUUUUUAGGCAGACGAUUUGCAACCAGCACUGAAUGCCAAGUAAAAUCAGUUAGUCAGUCUUAGCAAAUGGACACUUGCGCAGUAGCCUGGGGAAUGUAUCUUGCAAUAUGUCCGAUAGCUGCAAACCAUAACCAUCACUUUCUAUGUGAAAUAGACCCAAGUACCAAAAUGUCCAUACAUUCUGACACAGGAUCUACUUAUGCAUUUCUUGAAUUAUUUAUCGGCUUACGUAUUUCAGUAUUUGUAGUGAAGCAGCUAUCUACUCCUCAAUCCCAUCCGCUUAUAUUUUAGGGAACUUCACCGGCCCCGAUGAUCUUAACUUGAUAAUCGUCAAAAACACGUGUGUGGAAGUUUUCGAUGUGACUGUCGAAGGCCUAAAGCAGUUGCGUGAUGUUCCCGUUAAUGCGAAGAUCGUUUCUGCCCUCCUCUUUCGGCGAAAGGUAUUUUCUACCGUUCGUAUCUACGCUGUCAUUGCACGUCCGUAGGGUCAAAAGUCGGACUCCCUCUUCCUCCUCACUGGCAACGCUGAGGUUGCCAUCAUCGAGUGCACUCGUACCGAUAGCACAAUCGAAUUCACGACAGUUUCGUCGGGUAGCAUAGCGGUAAGUUUUGCCUUGUACCCCCAGCUCCAUCAUAUUCCCCCUCUUCAGGAUCGAAGUGCCCGUAUGAUUGAUCAAGGCAUCGAUGCAUUAGUUGAUCCGGAGGCAAGUUACAUUGUGAUUAGACUAUAUCACGGCCUCCUCAAUGUCAUACCGUUGCGUAGCCUUGGCGAUAGGGCUAACGCUUCAGAUCUGCUUGAGGGCGGCCAUUCUGCCUUGAGAGCACACAGUGUGAGAAUAGAGGAGGGCAACAUUGUGGAUAUGGCUUUUCUUCAUGGCUACAGCCUGCCCACCUUUUCCUUAAUAUAUGAGGACGAGGUGGUUUUGCACAUGAAGACCUACGAGAUAUUUGGUAGGGAGCCGGCUUUCCGCUCUGUUCCGCCCACUCUCGAUUCCAUCGAACCCGACUCGAAACUCCUCAUUCCCGUACCGGCGCCCUACGGCGGCCUCAUCUUGGCCGGUGACAACAUCAUCUGCUACCACGCUAAGGACGGUCCUCACAUAUCUCAAUACAUUCCGCAGACCAAGGUUAGUCUUGGCGUUACUGUAUUCAUCUGCUCGUUCGUUCGUGCGUCCGUCUGUGUCAUCAGUCGUUUGUUUCUACCCCUAUAGGCGAGCCAAGUUCUCUGCUACGCUCAGGUGGAUGCGAAACGCUAUCUCCUAGGUGAUAUGGCUGGUCGACUGUACAUGAUACAUCUCCUUCUUGAUGAACCCACGUCCACGGCGGGAUCGUCCUCUCUUGUACAAAGCCAGAAUUCAACCACUGCUGGUUCUCAUCGCAUCGGCUCGAUUCGUAUUGAACUACUGGGUAUGAACACAAUUUUUGUCACCCUCUUUCUCACAGGUCUACUUAGCUGACAUUGUUUGCGCAAACCGUUUGCUCAGUUGAGAGUUUUUGUCUUAUCAGUUGUGUCCACAAGCCUCCAAAUCUUUGUUUCAGAGUUUCUUUCUCUUACGAUUAACCCAGUCUUCCGGGCUCAAUUGUAUUCUGGUUUUGCCAAUUAUUGCUUCGAGAAGACUACCGUCAACGUUCCCUUUACUUGACGUUAUAUAAUGUUUAGAACUUUAUUAUGAUUGCUUUCUUCUAGUACUGAAUACUAAGUAUGGACAGAGAUGGUGUUAAAAGUAUAGCAGCACUUUUUCAGGUUCACACAGCCUCUGAUUUUCUCAACUUGGAGCUUUAGAACCAUCAGCCAAUGAAAAGGCGAAAGUUAUGCUUAUCUCCUUCAACUUUCACUUUCCCAUCCUUACACGCCUCGGUGAAGAGCCGGACGUAGGGUUGCCUUUCUCGCCCUGCCAUCGCAGUAGUUAUUUUCAGUGCGGCAGAAUACACCAGAUGAUUAAUAAAAGUUGCUGGGCACAUUCUGCCGAAUCUUGGAUAUAAACUCGGACCCAUCUCAAAUUGCCCAGUAGGCAUUUAUUUGGCCGUUUGACAAGGCAAAGUCAACGAGAUAUGUUAAAUUUAAUGACGUCAUGAAAUUUUGCGACUUUCAUUUAACUGCGUACGGCCAUUGCAUAUUAAUAAGAUAAACUCCUCACAAAAACGGCAUACAAUCUGUAGGCCUGAAUGAGUUCUUCGGUGCAGUAUCUUGUUAUAUCUAGCAGAACAGAGGUGAAGAGCGAGACUGUAUCGAGUGAAACCAUUAUCUCGUCCGUCGCAACUCUUACUCAGUUUAAUCUGUCAAGGAACUCAUUUGAAUCUUCAGUGGAAUUCUCAGAGUUCUUUGUAGGCGGAAGUUGUUGGUGAACUAGCCUUCUGGAGAUUUUGUAGUUUGGUGCACCAAUUAAGGAAACUAUCGGCCGCAGUGGAGUACCCGUUUCGUGAGCUCCAGGAAGUCCAUGUAUCUUGGCAAUUGUGGGUUUAUCCCUAAUUUAAGGAUUUGACAAGAACUCUGAGAACUUCAUUAAAAAUUCAAGUGAGCUCCUAGACAGAUUAAAUUGAGUGAGAGUUGCAACCCACAAGAAAAUGGUUUCACUCGAUAUGGUCUCGCACUUCGCCUCUAUUCUGCUAGAUUUAGCGAAACGCUGCACCGAGGAACUCCUUCAGGCUUAUUCCACAGAUAUGCCUGCCGAAACUUUGUCCCCAACAUUUCCCUUAUCAAACAAUGCCAUCGACAACUGAGGGAUGCGCCUAUGGGCUCGCCUAUAUAUCCGGCUUCCUGGCGGGAACCAUUAUGCAGAAAUUGAAAAGAAAAAUAAAAACGGAGAAUGCUGAUUUGGCAUGUGAAUGGGCAUGAUGUGAAGGGGAGGAAAGUUGUCUAGAUGGUCGAAUUCGGGUUACAACGCAACCUCUUCCAGCGGGAUUAUGACUGCACAGCUUGGAACACUGGUCAUGUGGGGGCGGGGGGGGGUGGGGGGGCGAGAGGAGGAAAGAGGUUAUUUCCGUCAUCAGCCGCGGUAGUACGAGGUGACGCAGUUGUUUACGUAGUUCUGGUUUUCCGAUCCGUGUUGCAGCGGCUUCUGAAAAGCGCAUGAGACACCUAGUGGCCCCCCGAAGUAGGACUUUACAUGCAAUCAUUGGGUCCUAAAUAGCGGUGGUGGGUUUGCCGCAUAAUAGUUCUUUUUGGUGUCUAAAUGCAUCAUGCAUAUCUGCAGCUCGGUCGCGUCGCUAUAACAUUGCUCCCUGCUCCAGGAAAAACAUAAAUUCUGUCAUGUAGAAGUAUCAUGUCACUUGUUCGACAUUAAAUAACCGGAUUUGUCGGCGGAACAAGAAUUGCUUCUUUCAGUAGCUUCCUUCUUAAAUGCUGUAAAUCAGGCACACCGCCUAUCGAGUUCACAUUGGAGAUGGAGACGGCCGAUUUGCUGCUGUUUUUGGAUGUCCUAAACCGGAGACCUGAUGGCAGCAUCCGAAGGAGCGGCUACCAAAAGAAGACUUGGUCUGAACAAGAUACGAACUUCGGCAGUUCCGUGCCCUAAACAAAAGCGAAAUCUAGUCCGGUGUUUGACGUAAAGGGCUAGAAAAUUUUUUUCGGCAGGAGGAGGUUCUUAGAAAGAUCCGAGACUUGCUUCGCGAAAACGGGUAUCCUGAUGGGUUUAUUGCAAAGAAUAUUGCCCGGCGACCAGAAUAACCCACCGCACUGACUGUCAAAAGGAAAUCGUCGUUCCUCAAAGUCCCAUUUCAAGAGGAUGCUGCGAGUGAACCCUUAAGAAGACACCUUGUUCAACCUGUCUCGCGGACCUCCCCAGCAUCAAGGAUUUAAAUUUAUUCUUUACUAUCCUUAUUUUACGCAGACAUGGUAAGGAUAGGUUGCCAUCUCAGACCACUUCAAUGUGUAUUUACUCCUUCACUUGCUCCUGUGGAGCAGGUUAUAUUGGUCGCACGAGUCAGCACCUAACCAAAAGGAUACCGGAACAUCUCCCGGCAUGCCUGGGAAAAGCAAUAUUAGGAGCAUAAACAACGCCAUUCUCGUACAUGUUGAUUCCGAGCAUCAUGCGAACCCCAACGGGACGAUUUAUAGAGUCCUAUCGAGCUACCCUGAGCUACUGGGCCAGCGCCUGUUAGCAACAGCAGAAGCGGUCGCUGCCAAGUUACGAAAGCUGGUUUUGUGCGCUUAGAAGAACCUCGUUCAGGCUCCGCGCUUACCGUGGUCAAAGGUCGACUAACUACAUGUAACUCCCCGAGCCCUUCCGCUCUCACCCCCCUGGCAUCGACAUUUAUUCCCUUCCACUUAUUUCCAUAACCCGCGUGUGUUGAAAGACCAACUUUAGUCGAUUUCUCUAAUCACUGGUAUGUUUUGCUUGACCCCAUUCCAAUUAAGUGUAUUGGCCUGACAGGAAUUUAUCGAAAGCAAACGUAUGCCCGCCAACCAGUCUUCUGUGGAACUUACCAUUCUCAGUCACUUCGUUAUUUCGACUGACACUUAACACAUUUAGGGAUCCUCGUGAGGAUGCUCAACACAUUCAUAAUGAUUAUCCUGGAGUACCUUAGUUAUUUGUGCCACCAAUUUCUUCACAAAUUUGGUAAACCAGACAUUAAUGGAUCACUUUUAAGGAGCUUCAUAUCUAACCUCUUCCUUUUACCCAUACGUAGUGUUACCCGUCACAACUAAUUAUCCGCAGAAGUUUUUUUCCGCAUAUUUGACGACUUCUUUCCCCACAUUGAUAGGCGAGACCGUGAUCCCGGAGUCCAUUGUCUACUUGGACAAUGGCGUGGUGUUUGUCGCCACCUUCCUUGGAGAUUCCCAGUUGAUACGUCUUAACCCCGACCUGGAGUCUGAACGUAACAGUUACAUAACUGUACUGGAGCAGAUUACCAAUAUUGGACCGAUCGUGGACAUGGUGCUGCUGGAGAGCAAAGGCCAGAAUCAACUCAUCACCUGUUCGGGUGCUUACAAAGAGGGCAGCCUGCGCAUUAUUCGUAGCGGUAUCGGCAUUCAGGAGCAUGCCAGCAUCGAUCAAGAACAGAUAAAAGGUGCAGUCCUGUUUCCCUGACCAGUCCCACGUCAUCUACUGUGGUACUUGAUUUUUCCCGACCACCUGCUUCACUAUCAUUGUGAAGGCAAACACUUGUGGUGCUGAAACUACCAGUAGCCUUCUUGUCCUUUAGCAAAUCUCCCACCUUGAAGAGUCUUGGAUUAUAUUUUCGACUGUUGUUUCAGGUGUUUGGUGCUUCCCUUUCGAAUCCCCGUCAGUUGAUGAUUCCAUUGUGGUUUCGAUGGUUGGCCAAACCCAGUAAGUAUGCAUCUGUAAUCCUGUUUUUUUAAUGCGAUUUACGCUCGUAAUGAGCAUUCUUACCAUUGUUUACCACUCCCAGCGAAACGUACCACCUCAGCCAUACAAUCCAAAUCGGUAUUAAAGUUUAUAUUUCAAUGGAGGCCCUACUAGUAUCUUAUCUCUUUCUAAAGUAGGAAAUACACGCCUGUUUGGGUUAGCCCGUCAUCAUCGGACAGGUCAACCUCAUCAAAGUCCGAACAGUCCAAUUAGGCAAUGCUGCCCGUCCUCACCCUAUCUUUUUUAUAUCUGCCUCCUUCCCUUCAACUUAUCUUCAUUGUCGACUUGAUUCCUACCCUGGCCAGGUUAGUGGGGCCCGGCAAACCUACCUGUUCCUCUCCAUAACCCAGCCUCGAUACAAUCCUCACGCUCGAGCGUGUUAUAUGCUUGCAAACGACCGUUCAGUUGCUUUUUGUUACCGAUAAAGCGUUAAUAUUUCUGUAGAAAAUCCCUAGUACUACUAAAGUCGACUGGGUUAAUUGCGUAUAUCAGUUAAUUUAAUAACUUAUUUCCGCAUCCUGGCCUUAGGCGCUCUUACCAGUACGCAAACGCUAAGGACGGACUUACUGUGUUCUCUUAUCUGCGCACAAGUCCACUUUCGUCCUGGACUAUACCACAGACCUUUUUCAUUUUAUGCCGUAUUUGUAUUUCUCUAUUGUGCGCUUAUAACAUCAACGUUUACGCACUUAGAUGCAUCUCUAGCAGAAUCGACGCAUAUUUUCCCCCUCUACGGUCUAAAAGACAUUCUUCUGGAAUUUUCGGUUCGCUUAAGCAACCUGCAAGCGUGGCUUUAGUAAACAUGCAACAGUUGACAAAAUUAAUGACAUAUUUGUGGUUUUGCGAACUGUCUCAAAUGGUUCAGAAACCGCCACGGGUACACCAGACAAAAACGCACGAAAACUAUCUCCAAUAAAACGAAGGCAUGGGAAGGUAGUGAGGGUAACAUCAGGUCCUUGUCAAACAGUACUUUUUGAGAAAAACGUAAAUGUUGAAAAUGUAAGCAGUGGAUUUUGUAAAACAAAAGAGGGUGCCGAAAAUGGAUAAGCAAAGGUAAAUAUGAACAAUAAAGUUCGAAACAGAGGCUUCCCAUUAUCCUUCAGUUAUUCUUAUUUGCUCGAAUAAGGGAUGGAACAGGCACUAUAAUAGCCGUCCGAUCUGUUUCAGUAUUAUGCAUAAUUGUCAAUAGACCGCUGGGAACCAUCCUCAAGCAUGCCUUGCUGUUAUUUUUCAGCAACCUAAUACGACAUCACGGUUGCAUAUAUGGCACUCGUCUAAGACUAUCAAGUGGUCAAAACGCGCCGAGUAAGGGCCCGGAUCGUGUGUGGCACACGUAGACGGACCUUUUGGCCUUCUCACUCAGCACUCCCAGUUCCGGUCGCUUUGAUUUUACCACGCCAUAGGACCGCAAUGAGUGUGGGAAGAGAGAGAGAAAUAGAUAACGUGCAAGUGUACUUCACUGUAAACAAGCUUACGCACUAGUCAGGUUUGUGUGCACUUUGUGAGGGAUCGGCAAACCUCCUUGCUUACUACGGUCGGACCAUCAGUUUCGUCUCUAGAGUGGUUCAGUGAACAGCACCGCCUCAAUUCCGCCUUUUUAAUGAGCAAAACAACGCAGAUGUCAGCCGAAAAUGCCGUGUUGCCUACUCUGAAUUUGUCACUGCUUUUGGCGGAUUCAUUUCACCCGCUAAUUUGCACACACCUCUGACGUUCUGCACUGUUUGCUUUAGACUUCUGCGAUUGUCAGAUGAUGACAUUGUUGCCCUUCAUCUGGAGGGCUUCAAAACGGACGAGCAGACAGUUUACUGUGCUAUUCUUACGCCCUCGACCGGAGUCAACCCUGGGACAGAUGCUGCGGCAGGGGCGACCUCUACUCCCCAUCCCCUCCUCUUGCAGGCCACGACGUCUGGCCUGCGUCUCAUUGGCAUUCAACAGCUGCUCGGAAGGGGCUGUCUGUCCACCUGGACACCUCCCACCGGACGCAGUGUUUCCUGCCUCUCCUCCUACGGCAACCUCAUCGUGGUAGCCAGUGGCCCCGACAUUUACACCCUCCGCGUCACAGAAACCACCGCGGCGCCAGCAUUUACCGAAUUGGGGUAUGAGUCUGGACACGUUGUGCACCAGGAAACUUACUUCGUUCCCAGAUGGCCAUUUAGGAGUGUUUUAUGGCUAAACAACUUUUGAGACGGAUUCUGACACACCUUGUUCAAGUCGACUGACCUACGCCUAGCGAAGAAGGAAUCAUUCUGGUGUCGGAUCUGCCUAAAAGUCGUUGAUGCGUGCCUGUUCAUUCUCAGGUCUUUUUUUAAGUAGGGUGCGUCCCUCCCAAAAAAGAAAUUCUUUUGUUGAAGGUUACGAGAUUAACCUCCCCACGUAUAGACGCCUGAUAUCAUUCUUAAAGUUUAUUUUAUAAGGCAUUUGUCAUAGAUCGCAUGAUUGUUAACCAGUCAACCAAGCUACUUUUUCUCAGAACUCAACGUAUUCGCCCGUUUGUACCAUCACAGCAUGCCAGUCAAGCGUUUGAGGAAGAGCGCGUGACAGAUUUGCAAUAAAUAAUUUGCUAUUGUUUGAUUAAAAGAAACGAAAUCGAUUGCAGGGACAGCCAGUACGUCUUCAUGAUCUCUCUGACCGUCACUGGAGUUCAUCGCCAGUCCAACAGCGAAAGAUAACUGCUCAAUAACGGGACGUAGAUCGAUAUCCUUGCUUGUGGAGCUGCCAGGGAUUCAGGCUUCAAGUGGCUAUUGUCUUGCUGCCGGUCAGCCUCCGCGAGGUCGAAUUUUCGUUCUGCCUCGAGGUGUGGCAGCCAUCGACCUCUAACGGCAGGUCAUCCCUGCCCACUGUCAGUCUGUGCUCGUCGAGUGCAGCCUUCACGCGUCUUGGAAUUCGAUAAACAUCCACUCCGCGGCCAAAGCCGACGCUAGGCACUGCGACAGUACCUUUUGCGACUCUCGAAACAUCUGUUACAUGGCAGAGGACGCUAAAGCUCUUAGGCGCCCUUUUUACCGCUUUGUACGCGAGUAGGCGGCGCAGAGUUAUAGAGGUUGAGAGAUAAACGUUUCGUACGCACUGGUCACGUAAAUAAUGGACUUUUUGUCAUGACUGUUCUGGUAACGGACCUUUCAUUCCCUCCUUUUCAAAGACUUCCUAAAACUCCCAUUGUCUCCGUUUUUAUCUUUGUUGGUUUUUUCCCCUGUGGGAGAUAUUCAUGCGUGCAUGUCGAUCAGGAGGGUUUUAAGCAACUUACUAUACGGGCAACUGUGACUACAAACACUUCUACUUUUUGUUGACAUCGCGAGCAAUUUUUCCACCACUACGACUUCUACGAAGGCUUUGCUCCUUGCCAUUGCAGUUCCUCAAAACAUACGCACAGCAAAAAGGAAAAUGCCAAAAAUGGUUUUAUGAGGGAACCGAAUGUUGUGAUAGACUCUUAAGUUUGGGGCUGGAUAAAGCUAAAGAUCGUCACCCUUGGGAAAGACACGUCUGGUCCUCGUUUUUCAAUAUAGCUCCGGUGACUCACUCUGUGUUUUAAAGUUAGUAAAACUUCAGGUGUGCGGACACUAUUCUCCUUAUUAAUCUAGUUAGGAAAUAAUGGAGACUUGUUGGAUGCAUUGUUAGUCUUCGGUUAAAGUGUUGAUUUGAAACGCUACGCGGCUUACUUAACGCGCUUUCAGUAGCUAUGCGCAUCUCACGAUAAAACUGCACUCCAAAUUUUUGUUGCACGCCUUACAACUAUCUUGUCCCAAUUUUUGAUACUUUUUGACCUGCCGCGUCGCAGCAGGAUCGGCAGCUCCGGCAUCUGGUCUCUUGCUCAGCAUGAUAAUCGUAAUUGCGUGUCUUGCUCCUGGCCACCUUUUUGUAAUUUGACUCCAAGCCUGGACACUUGUCGCUGACUGUGGUUUUCUGCUAUUCAAAACACAUUCGCUUCGUUCAUGAUGACUACCGACGUGUAUCGCGUUUAAAUACACACGGUUUUGACUUCUUUCUCCCCCUGGGUACGCAAGUGCCUCGUGUGACCGCGUAAUUCUUGCUAACUCACCCAAGAACGCGUUGGCUUGCACCAUUUGACGAUAGGCCGGCCAUCUGCGAGCUGUCCGGCAUGUGCACAAGUCGUGAGGGCGUAACACCUUUCAGCGUAGGGCUGCCGCAAAAUUAACGUGCUCACCGACUUGACGAUCACACGGUGGCCGUCCACACAACGUUAGCACCCGCGGAUCUGGCUGGGCACUGCUCCGGGAAAUGCAUUACUUAUGCCGCCAUUUCAGGCCAAAGAGGUAUUACGACACGGUGAAGGUUUCCUACCAUCUACUAAGGCUUCGCCCGCAGUUGUCGCCUGAUUUAUCAGGGUCCCACUCAUUUUCCGGGCAGGAAUGGGUACUUCGUCUGUAUCACUUCUCCACAAAUUUCAGUGGACCUGCAUGGAUUCCUAAGUUCCACUCGUGUUUCGGGGUCCGCGGGAACUGACGCGUUCGUAUCUCUAUCAGGGGGGUUGGGUGUCAAUUAUGGGGGGCGCGUUUCUUUGACAAGGAGAGCAAUUCUGUAUUGUCUGCUGCAACCUACGAACUUUCAAAGACCAGGCAUCAACUCCUGGUGGUACACACCCUUGCUGUCUACUUGAUUGACACUGUCCAUCUGUCAGAAGUCUGGUUUCCUGAGCUCGUCAGCAGAGUAAUCAAUGUGCGAGAAUCAGAGGUUGUCUACCACCUAAAGUGUCCGUUACAGUGCUGUCUAUGAAGACUUUAGCCUACAUGAUGGCAUGCUCAUGCCGCACUAGCAGGCGGACAAGGGGCUAUUGUAUGAAUACAUAUUUCUGUCUGCAUUAUCCUCACACGACUGAACGGCAAUAAAAGUAUAGUUGAUGUCUGUUCCCCCAUGCUCAAAACUGAGGAGAUGAAAAAGAUCAGUGUGCCGACCGCGUUCGUGAUGCUUUAUCCCGUACAUGUUUAGGAGGCCUAUAAUGCAUGCAUCAGUAAGGUCGAUCCAACUACCCACCAUGUUUUAGGAAAUUUUACCAUCGUUAGUGGACGCGACAAUGACGACGCCUUUCCUGAUUUCGUUGAAGCUGCCCGGGUAAUUACAACUACGCUGGGUUUCAGAACCCCAAUAGACAUCUGUGUAUUUGGCGUUUUUAUUGACAUGUGGAUCCCCGCACAGAUUGGAUUGGACAGAUACAGGCCAUGACUAAUUCCCAGUGCGUGAGAUCGGGACAGACGGUGAGGAAAACUCUGGCUUGUGAUGUCUAGCCUGCGCGUGCGCCUCGAAGUGCUCACAAGGUCCACUCCACCGGAAAUGUUACAUUUUUACAAUGAAACAGCCAACCUCCUUCACUAGAACAUUACUAACCGUCUUGUUUUGCUCGACGACCAUGGCUCCCAGCCACCCUGUGUUUUCCGUAGAAUGGGCCCUAUUUAGGAACGUCAACAUCAAGACCUCGCUCUUCUAUGCUGGUUGCAGCGGACACGAGCCUAACCACGGUGUAUUGACCGUCAUCAUUCAGUUGGCGGGUAAUGUACGGCGCGCUCGGAUCACUGAGGCCCCAAAUUCAGAGCGCAGCAUCUUUGGACGGCGUGGCCAGUGAGAGCCGACUAAAACUGAUCUUGCCAGAAAGUUGCGCCGGAAUUUGGCGAGCUCCCACUGCUGGCGACAAAAGAAAGCUCCAGCAAAUUUUCGGCGUUCAUUAAGGUGCAAUUCAGCGGCCCACGAAACGAUCAAAGUAGCCAUCAAAUGACUCGCACUCCGAUGGCUCGAAAGAAACUGACAAGUGCUCAGCUCUGAGGUUUCUUUACACCCCUAAAGGCGUCUUACCGUGUAACACCGUUUUACGAAUUGUAUAGAUCACCCCCCUUGUAGGGGGCAUCCAUUUUAUGCACAGUAAACCUCACCAUAUGAACUUCUGGAGGACGCAGCCCUGUUUUUCAGUUGAUGGACAGUAUUAUUGCUCCUGGUCUCACCGACACUUCCUUUAUAAUUUGCCCAAAAUAUGGCGUUUUCUGCGCUUUUGCAUCUGCACCCUUGCGUACGUAACAACAACUGGUUUAUAAUUAUCACAGGGCGAAAUCUGUGAUGAUUUGUCGCGACUCCAUGCCGACCACAUCGUACCCUUCGUUGUCCCUUAAUUUGUUGUUGAAGGCUCCUUGGUUGUUUGAUUUCCAAGACCGGCUCUUGCCCAGUCGGGCGUUUCCCAAAGAUGCGACUCAGUGCCUAGUAAGAAUUGUAAGGAACGUCGAAGUAAGAACCUCCUGUAUUUUACCCAUAACUAUCCCAAAAGUGAGACUCAAGCUACCUGUUUUCCGGAGCUGUGGACAAAUGCAACUUCACCUUUCAGUUUUUGCUCUCUUAGAGACUUGCAUUCACAUAAAUUUUCAAAACCUGUCGAUUAAAUCAUGUGAAUAGCAUUCGUGCCUAAAUUCUUCUCCACAGACACAAGGUUCUGCCUCAUGAAGUGGCCUGCAUUGACAUGUCCCCCUUCGACAGGACCAAGUUAUUGGCCGCCAACCAACUCCGUUCCCCAAGAUCACAGUUACAGUCCCCUCAGUCAGUGAGUAUGCAUUCAGCCGAUGAGAACCUUGAGACCUUGUUCUGCAGUGAGCCGCAGUACGCCGCUGUGGGUCUAUGGAUGGGUCAUGGACUGGCACUGCUACAAUUGCCGUCCCUGGAAGUUGUUCAUUUGGAGCCACUGCCUGAGACAACAGCCUCCACUGGCACCGCAGUGCUUCCGCGCUCCAUCCUCAUUUCCCAGCUGAACGACACUGCUUUCCUGUUUGCGGCUAUGGGCGACGGAGCCCUCUAUUACUACACUAUCGACUUCAAUGCGGGUAGGCUGUGCUUGGUGUUGAGGUGUUCUGAUCGCAAGGCAGGAACUGACAUCUGACUUUGUGCCUACUCUUCUCCCCUUUCAGAAAACAUCGUUCUGCGCGAUGCCAAGCGUGUCAAUGCUGGUACAGGGCCAUCCAUGUACCUCAGCCAGUGGCGUUCACACAACAAAAAUAACGUGUUCGUCUGUUCCAACCAUCCCUGCAUUGUGUACUCCGUAAAGAAUAAACUUGUCUUUGCGAAUGUGAACUUGAAGGAAGUCGGGUGGAUGUGCCCCCUAAACGGCUCCUACUACAAAGACUGGUACGCAUUUGUUAUCCAUGCUGUUUUUGCAUUACUCGGUGUUAAGUUCGUCUGUCACAAUGGACUGUCAUCACAGCCGUCCUAACAACAGCACAGGGGGGCGACUGACUCACGAACUACACUAUGGUGAAACAGACUGGUGAACUGAUGCUUAGGGGAUGGAAGAGAGAGAGAGAGAGGUCGACUCUGUGGACUCUAUCCCCACGGCACUUCAGGGAAUUCCCCCACUGUAAAUAAUCUUACGCUCCCUCAAACUGUCACAAUGCGCAAAACGCCGUGAAUUGGAAGGCUGCCCACUGACAUAAUAACUCGGUCCUCUUGUGACGGAAAAGCCACACUGCAAUGGCUUCUUCAUACUAUGGCCUGUAUGGCACUUCCACUUUGUUGGGAUCCGAUCUGAUCCGUCCCGUUCUUGCUUUUGUGAAAACCUGAUCCACAGUGCGCAGACGGGCUAUUUAACUUUGUCAGUCACUGCUCCUGAUCCGACCUCCAGUCUUCCUGGCAAGACGGAGUCAAGAUGGUUGGAGCCGAGCACGAGCACUGACUGACGAGACUGAAGACACGUUUACACACACUACGCGCUUUCGGAUCCCUAACUCAGUACGUAGCAGGCUUCGAUGAAGAGGAUCAUCUCAGGUAUUCUAUGAGUGAAGUGCAAUAACAUGCUUGAGUCCUAAGAAGGGCAAAUUGUCUCGUCAGCUGACUAUCUUGUACGCCUCGAUUGUUAGCGCGUUGGGAUAAUUUUAAAGUGCAUUUUGUUUGGUUUUGCAGCCCCACUUGAUUGACACCGUAUGGUUAACUUACCAAAGCAUUCCUUACUUAGCCACUCGCCGAAUUAGGAAGGGAAAGGGAGCGCAAGCGGAGCUCGAAGCACGCGCAGGGGAGCAAGUGAGGCUGGUGUGUACACUCCCCCGAUACAGUCACUUGCUGGGCUAAGAGAAUAAGGAGGGCGCAAUCACAAGUGGAAGACCACGGAUGGAACCGCGUGGUAAUUCGCAGUGCAUAGUCACUGUGGUGGAACCGACGGAGUUCCGCACCGUACAAACAAUUCCAUUAGCAAGUCUACUUAGCCGCUCGCUGGAUUGAGAUAAUAAAGAGAGUGCAAGCAGGGCUCAAAGUACGCGCAGGGAAGCGCACGUAGAAUGAUACCUGAAGUAACCGAGGGUGGCGUAUAAGUACUCCCUUCCGUGACACAAUUACUCGGUGGAUCAAAAUAGUAAGGAGGAUGUAAAUACGUGAUAUUUGUAAAGUCGGCUUAUUCUCAUCUACCGAUUUUUUUAGAAAGCCAACCAUAUGAUAUCACUUCAGUGGGGCUGCAGGACCAAACCUCACCGAGGAAACUAAACGUUGGACUCCAACCCAGUCGAUCGGCCCCUUCUCUGUCCCAUACCAGUUAGGUGUCCGCACCAGCCCGGAUGGAAAUGAGAUUGGACGCAAUAGUUGUGCGACAUUAAGCCCUCCCUCUAGCGCGUGGCACAAGUCCCUUUAAACAGGAUCCCUAAGGUGCGGUUUGGUGCACUGAAUCCCAGAAAUCUUCAGGGGAGGAUGUCUGUUUUGCCGCUCUUUUAUGCCAUUCACAGAAUGGAUGCACGUUCAUAAAGAUAGGAAAAUCUUGGCCUCAGAAGGUAAAGCCAUACACCAACUUUCUUUUCGGUGUAGCCUUUUACUGAGCCUUCGUGCGUUUCAGUGACUUACUGACGGACUGAGGGUCUACCACUCCAAAUUUCAGGUGUUGUGUCCUCCUAGGAAAUAUCAGACCAUUACUGUCAAUCCUAAACUGUGCUUUCGCGCCUGUUUGAGACAUGGACAUUUCAGAGGCAACAGGAAGGCGGUGAAGUCUGCCCCGUAUAGGACUUAACUUUGUAAAAUCCUUUGUGCGAUCGAUCGUUGUUUCGUGUCAUGUUGCAUUUUCUGUACGAGUUUUGACGGGCCCCAGAAUGAGGAUUUGUAUGGCGUGUUAUCGGCGUCUAGCUUGGCGGACAGGGUGCAUGAUACUCGCAGAGAUGGACAAUGACUUCCAUAGAUUCGCGGUUGCUCCAAACGCUUGCCUGCACGGGCGUCAUUUCCUGUAAAUCCCCGUCUGUCGCUCGGCUUCCAUCUGUGACCCCAGAGAGAACUUGAUGAUCACCGUGGCCUCACACCUCAACGGCUGCUUUGACAGCCGGACUGGGCUAGCAGCCCUAUUUCUCCAAUUUCGAUGGCUUGGCGUAGGUAGGAAGUAGCCGGGCUGUGUCGUUUGCAGAGCAGUGUUGUCAGGCUGGUCAUCACGCCAAAGUUGUCCUGUGCGUGCCACCGGAAUAUGUCCUGUCAAAUAGGAGGAGGCGGGGCCAAUGCUCUGCAACCACAAGUUGCCUCUGCCAGUUUGUGCCCACCUAACCGCAAAUUGAUGAAGAUAACUAUCAAGGUAAACCAACUAUCGUCCGGUCGCCACACGCGCGCCUACGUCAGUUUGCCACCCGCUGGGCAAGGUUUGAGUGGAAGAGGAAGUGAGAGCAGGUCUCGUUCGCAGCCACCCACACAUUGUGCAGUAAGUCACGACGGUUAAAAACAAGGCCACUUGGCUUUACACGCCGUUGCUGACGCAGCCUACUUAUUCUGAACAAAGACGCGACCCUCCAGUACUCAUCAGUGCUCCAUCUGCCACUUUUUUGGAACUCUGCUCACUCCCUUGGGGGUUAAUUUUUUGAUCUGCUUUGAGUUUGUACUUCAAUCAGGUGCCGUUUCAUAUUUUACAUCUUCUUGAUUCGCAUCCUGCCAUUCCGCUUUUGACAACGAAUUGUACUUUUCCAGCAUCUGCCUAGUGACUCCAGGCGGUUUAAUCCUGGGUUCCGUGGAUGAGAUCCAGAAGUUGCACGUUCGCAGUAUUCCACUGGAAGAGACACCCCGUCGUUUGGCCCUGCAGUCUGAGACCGGUAGCCUGGGUGUCAUCUGCAAUCGACAGGAAGUAUUCCAAGAGGGCGUUGGCUUCAAAGCUGUCCGUUCCUCUGCCUCCCUAUCCACCAAAGUUCCAAAAACACACAGUUCGGUUCCGAAAACUGUUCCCUGUACGUUCCCUCCCGUUUGCGGGUUCCUAACGACUUUUCUUCCUAUGUAUCCGGCUCUUACUGUAAGUAGCCCUUUCUGUCCUUGCUCAUUAGAUUUUGUUGAUUCCGUUGAUUUUGUCUUGGUCCGCCUUAGACUGGCGGUUGUUACUUUACCCUAAUCUAGUUCCUGGCUAAGAUGAGCCGGAAUUUGAGCGGCAGACAAUUAACCAAAAUCCUAAAAUGUGUUUUACAUUCGAAAAGAAGACUUAAGUGGGGCUGUAAUAUCAAUGGUCAUGCAGCAGAAUCCUAAGAUAUUUCAGUCACGUCAGUAUGCCAGCUGUUGAUCGAGCUUCUUCCCGACCGUCUGCAAAAACUACACCGUAGAACAUGACUACUUAAGCAGUAGGAAUUUUUCCCACUGAUCUUUUACGCCCUUAUAAAUUCAAUUACAUUUCAUAGAAAGCAUGCGUAAAAUAUUCGGUCUCUUACUCAUUUGGUAACCAAUUAGGUCCUCUUUGCAUUUUAUGCUUGAAGGAGGAGUACAAUUCGGUUUUUGAAAAAAACUUCAAUUCCUAAAUGACCAUGGGCCCGACCUGUCGUUACACUUGCAUCCAAAGCUUCCAAACCACAAGCUUUAUAUUUUCCAUGUACGGAAAAUCUUACACUUCUAUACGCGAUUAGGAAGAUGCUAUAGGGGUUUACAAAAUUUUGCGGUGGAUUUUGACCAUAUUCUUUACUUUACAGGCAAUAUUAGUAAACGUAGAAAUGCCGUCGUGUGGAAGGAAACAGGAUCGCUGGAACAAGAGCUUUAUUCGCUUGACGUGUCAGAUUUUUGCUCGAACCCACCAUCAGAGACAAGAGCAGAUGCAGUGUCUUAGAAUGGGCAUUUCACGGUAUUAAAACUCUCAUAAAUAGGAGCUUUUCCAAAACUGAAUUAUCCUCUUCCGUCAAGAAUAAGAUUUAAAGAAGACGCAUUCUUCUGCCAAAUGAGUAAAAGAACGAGUAUUUUACGCAUGUUUUCCAUAAAAUAUAUUUGCAUUUAAAAGGGCAUUGGCAAUCAAUUACUAAUUAAGCAGUCAUUUUCUACAAUGUAGUUUUCGCAGGUGGCCGGAAAGAAGCUCAUUCCAAAGCCAGCAUCCUGACUUAACUGAAAUAUCUUAGGGCCCUGCUGCAAGAUCACUGAUCUCACAACCCUACGCAAGUAAUCUAUUCGAGUUGAAAACACAUUUCAGAAUUUCGGAGGGAAGGCAAAAUGGAGCGACUGCGCCCUCCCCCUCCUGCAAUUAGGUCGGAUUGGUUAGCUCCCAUACCGCGUGAUAGCGGACGUCUCACUCGUCCUUUGUAAAUCUCUCUCGCUCUCUCACUUUGGCUCUCCUUUAACGGAUCUUCACGUAUUUGCAGCCUGUGUGUCCACCACGAUGCCAAAGUUCCGCGACAUCGAGGUCUCCUCCCUGCUCAUCUACAAUCAGGCCAACCUGGAGCUGCAGUUUGCGCACACCUUCUACUUUAGCAACUCCCUGCUAGAGACCGCCAUCAGCAUCGCCUCAAUCAACCUCGAGGCCAAGAACACUGUAGUUUAUGCCGUCGGUACGGCGCUCAUCGUGAAGGGCGAAUACGAGCCGACUAAGGGUCGUAUCCACCUGUUCCGCUGGGAUCCAGAAAACUCCCGGCUGGAGACCCUGUUGGUGCACGACGUAAAUGGUGCUGUAUACCGCAUCAUCGACUUCAACGGCCGUAUCCUCGCGGGUAUCUCGAGCUCUGUAAGCAACAUCCUGUCAGCGCGUUUGACAUCAGGGUCUGAAUUUUGUCUAGCGCCGAUUCCUUUAGGGUUUUCUUAGGACCGUUGAGGAUUUGAGUGGUUGCGAACGCUGGAAAUGACAAAACGAAGAAGGGUCUUUGGCGUGGUGCUAUAUACCGAGAGCUUGCAAUUCGCAAGACGUUGCUCCUCUCAAACAACCUUUUGUAAAAUCCAAGAGGACUGUAAAGGGAAUUUUUUUGAAAAAAAAUCAGUUUGAACAGACUGUAACUGUCCUUUUUAUCUCAGUCCGCCAUGGGCCACCACAAACUGGAAGGGCGCUAUAUCUGCGCGAAUCUAACGAAUUUCACCCUGUUCGUUAUCUACUUCCUCGUUCGUCAUGUCUUUUGAUUUUUUAUUUCCUUCGUCAACACUGUUUUCUCUCUCACUAGGUCCGUCUGUUUGAUGUGAAAGAUGACAGCCUCCGUCUCGCCUCAUCCUUCAACGAAAAUAUCACUGUUCUUUUCCUGCGAAGCAAGGGCGACUUCGUUCUGAUUGGAGACCUGAUGCGUUCACUCACCCUGCUCCUCUACAAAUCCAACAUGAAUAACUUCGAGACGGUGAGUCGCAAUUACUCUCUAAGCUGCUUUACGGGGUACAUGUUCAAGCUGUCACUUCCUAUCCGAGAAAGUUAUCAAGAAAGCGCAAUUUCUUCGAUCAUUAGAAGUGAUCAAGACUCAACUCUCACUUCUAAUCAAUUUACAUACAUGGAAACCAUGAAUCAUCACUAACCUGGCGUGCCUGGUAAAUUCUGUCUGGAAAACUACUCACUCAGUCAGUUAUGCUGGGCUACUGAGGACUACGCAGUAGGUUGAAUUAUUAGACGUGAAGUAUUGCGAUGAAGAUUGGGACGGCUCAAUUCCCAGCCCGUUUGUAAUACUUCUUUCUCGUAACCCUGCAGUCAACCGUAUUCCCUACUUAAAUCAAAAUUGGGCAAUGAGCGCCAGUACAGUUUGGCUCUGAAUUGAUCAAUCUUAACCCCGAAAUGACUUUUGCUGCAAGUUUUACUCACCUACUUAAAUGCAGAUACUGGGACGGAUUGCAUCCAUAGUCAAUUUUCAUAGCACAUCAAUUUCACUUCAUACAGGCAGACCUGAUUCUCACUAUCGUACACUUUCGGUUAGCUUUAAAACAGAAACUGGACUCGAAAGAAGAAGAAUAUGCGAUCACUGGAACAAGAAGUCUAGUGUCUUGAUGUUUUGGAUUCUCACUGAAACCCAUCAUCAGAGACAGUCGCAGAUAAGAAUAGUGGAGGCACAAGGACCGCAGUAUUUAUAGUACGUACCUGCCGUGGGAUUAUGUGCGUACUACAAUUAAUGCCAUGAUGGCCUAUCAGCCCGCGUUCUAGUCGUUAAUGGCCGCGAUUUCAUCAUCCGUGUUGAAUGUUGCAUAAUGAUUACUCGGCAGUUUGGCUUGCUGUAACUGGCGUCGUUGCUCGCCCGUAUUUAUAAGUCAAGUAAAUAAAGCAUCGUAGUUCGUGAAUUUACUACGGUCUAAUUGCGUGCGAGUUUUGAAUUACCGUUGUUUGAAAGACGAAGUAUAGUUUAUUUGAACAUGCAGGACUCAAUUUCGGAAAUAUAUGGAAAUGUAGUCCAAAACAGUUAUCUGCUAGGCCUUCAAAAAUUUAAAUUAUAGGUAAGCCGUGUUUUGAAUUCCCACAGAAUUAGUACCACACACUCCUCAAUCGGAACUAAACCACUACUCAAACUGUGUUAAGCAUCAAAUGUGAUUAAAGUUACAGUUGUGUCGCUGACGAACGAGCCAACUUAGCUAACGACAUGCAAUCGUCGAAGUAUAUCUGGUUGCCGACAACAAGUGGGAUUUUCGAUUAUAUGCGCAGACUCGACCACUUUAAAGCCUAUGCAUAGCUGUUUGUACGUACAUGUUAAUAGGCGGUAUGCUAUUACCGAUAAAGACAAAGCAGGCUGGUAAUAACCUACUGCCCAUAUCAUGCGCCGCUGUGCGGCUGCUAGUUGGGCUCGAGAGAGAGAGCCCGUAAGGCACAACGGAACGAGUGAGUUCCGUAAGAACGAUCGGUGAACGCCCCUCUACCGUUGUACCUGUUAAUGUCAUUCAGAACUAUCUUUUACUUUAUGUUCUCUGUGCCCCCCUGUCCAGGUUGGUCGCCACCGCUGUCCGCGUUGGACGACAAGUGUUGAGAUCCUCGAUGAUGAGCAUUUUCUCGCUGCAGAAACGGAGGGGAAUAUCUUUGUGGUGGCUCGUGAUGCACCCGAAAAUACAAAGGAACCUAGACUCGCCUGUUUACUCGAGCCACCGACUCCGGUCGCUAGGUCCACUUUUCAGGGCCAUUCCGCCUCCGCCGCUGCCACCAGCACUACUGCAGCUGGCGCCGCCGGCGCUGGCUCUGCCACUGCUGCUGCUGCCAGAGGCGACACAGUCUCCGGAGACUCCUCAUCUGAUGUCCCAACGAGCGCCGCCCGCAUCGGUCGCAGUCGAACUGAACAUCCGAUGGGUCCCGGAACCGGUUCCGAGGAGGGUUCUGUCUCAUCCGUCAGUGAGAUGCGCACCUUGGUCGACUGUGCCUACAUGCACAGUGGGGACUUUAUUAACACUUUCGUCCGCGGUAAGUUUUUCUUACUGUGUGCGCUUUUGUCGUGUCUCAGUUGUGCCCGCCUCAACCCAAACAGCGAAGGUGCAGCGGGGCCUGGGGCGGUCCUAGUGUAGCGACCGAAGACGUCGAGGAUGACACUUACCGAGUCAGCAAGGCAUUAAAAUUAUGUCCUGGCUAAGACCGAUCUGGAUGGAGUUUUCAACGCGUCGCUACACUCAUCCAUGCGAACGGGUUAAAGAAAAUUAGAUGACCAUAAAUGCAUAGUGGAAACAGAAGGAAACUGGGUAUAUAUGAUGGUUAAUUGUACAAAUAAGAUGAGUUCCAGCAGGGUGGGGUGAUCUGUCUGGAUGGAGAGGUCACACUGACACACCUGCUAGACAACCGGUGGGGAGCGCAGCGCCGUGGCGGCAACCAUAGGAGAAGGUCGUAGGAGGUGCCGAUGUAGGGAAAGAGAGAGUUGCGACGAGUUGUGAGAAGGGAGAUCACGGCAGAUAACGAAAGGCACCGGCUGUUUUCACCGACACGCAGUUACACAAUCAUCAUCCUAGAUCCGCACCGAAAGUGUGCAGUUCAUUCAAACAACCCUAUACAGCUCGUGCGGCGUCGAGUAAAGAGACGGACAACCACAUGUCCCAUCAGCAUUCAACUUUCCAAGCAGUCGCAAUCACCGGUGAUAAUAUUCCAUCCAACAAUUUCUAGAUAGGUAUGCGUAAGGUUGACGUUAACUGACGAAAAAUGCAAUGAGAUGAUUUUUAUGCUGAAAUACCACGGCCUUUGUUGGGUACGAUAAGCCAGGUGUUUUCCGCAUCCCCCUUCUGUGAGAAAAGGGGCAUCGGGGAUCAAACAUGAAAUCGCUUUGAUACCGGCAAUUGGGCUUCGGUCAAGGCGACAGAGAUGGAAAAGUAAAACAAAAUCUAUACACCGGUUUGCAGUCAAGUGGAAUUCCAAGUUAAAUACCGCUGAUACCGCCUAAUCCAGCCAUCAUAGUUGCCGUGUCGAUCCCAAACAGAAGGAAAAGUUAACCAUCGAAAACUUUCAUAGAUUAGGUUCUGUCUCCACUUGUCCUUUCUUAUUCCUCGCGUCUAAGACCCCUUGAUUGGCCUUUUUGAAUUUCCAACACUUAAGGUGAGGACAAAAGCAUUUAAUUUUGACUAAAAUGGAACGGGUCUUUGAAAAAUACGCAGUCACCGGCAUAUCCGAUCAAUUUUCGGCAUAAAGGAACUUUAGUUUUAAAAUUAUCACCAGGAGAGUACCACCUGAGAUUUUUUUUUGCUACCUUCGCCCAAGAAGUCCGCUACAGUUUUGCCUGCCUAUCGUUAAAAGAUCCUCCACUUUUUUGCAAUGCAACCUUCUACCGCUUUUCAGGAAACCUUGUACUUCAGAAUUCCGAGGAAAAGUGGCAGGCCACUGGGGAUUCGCCCAUCCUCUACGGAACCGCCCAAGGCGGCCUCGGCUUGCUCACACAAAUUUCUCCAGUACUCUUCGCCUUCCUCAAAGAGGUGGAGUCCCGCAUCGCCAAUCUGAUUGUGCCCGUCGGUGGCUUUGCGCACGAGAACUGGCGCGCUUUCAAGGCUGACAAGGUUAUUCGCAUGGCACACAACUUUGUCGAUGGCGAUCUCGUUGAGACAGUGCUUGAUCUGAAUGCUGAAGAGAAGGCUAAGCUUGUUGAAGGCCUGCGAAUCCCUGUACGUCACUUCCCGUCCCUUACCCAUGUGUACUUCCCAACUUCCCUCGCUUACACUUUCUGAUCUGUUUUAGGCCACAAUGGCGCUGUUUGGAUCCGCCGGCUCUUCUAUGGGGGCUGAACCGGAGACGCGACCCUGCACUGUAGAGGACCUCGUCAAGGUGGUUGAGGAGAUGGCCAGUUUGCACUGA